AUGAACGAGUGCAUCCCUGAGGUCGUCAAGGCCAUGCCGACCUGCAGCAAAGAGAGCGUCCAGGGCAAGCUGUUCUCAGCCAGCAUCACCAACGAGACGUUUGACCGUAGCACGUACAUUUUGUCCCAGUUCGGUCCCCUGUUGGAGAUCUGCACCUUGUUGGUGGACGGAUACGUGGCCAGUGACACUGCGGUGACUCAGCAGUUCUCGCGCGACCACCGAGUGGGACACGGUUCCGUGACCAGCCCGACCCAGCGAGGCUACGCGGCUACACCGCCUUUGUGUGCACGAAGAUCUCCACUCGGUGCACGCGGCAUCCCCACGGAGUCCUUUGUGCAGGCGCCUUUUAUCUGGGCCUCGAAUGCCUCUGCAGCAGCCUUUGUGGGAGCCAACCUUGAGGAGAGCGGCAUGGCCCGCCAGGCCCUGGACCAGUCCAGCCGCCACACGGACUCGUCCCUGGAUGAGGAAACUUUGAUCAGGAAGCUUGUCUGCGUGGUGUUUUGGAUCAGGCGGCGCAGGCGUCAGUGGCCACAACGGGUUGUAGGGGAUUCCAAUGGAUAA